AUGCAGGCAAAGCCCAGCGAGACGGGCAAGUUGGCUUUGCGGCCUGGAUAUGGCACCAGGGGAAAACAGAUCCAGCUGCGUGCCAACUACUUCAAGUUGGAUUUUGACGACGGCAUGAAAAUCUACUCGUACAUUGCGAAAUUCAAGCCGGAGCCCAGCCACAAGCGCCAACUACCAUUGAUCUGGGCGCAAAUUUUGGCCGUGAAACAAAUUCGAGCGGCGCACCCAGCUACUGACUACGCAAAUGAACUGGUGACCACCGGCAACCUUGAUAAAGCCCCUGAAUUCCAGGUGACCAUCAAUGACCGUGAGCAGUCGACCUUCUCGGUGACCUUGGAGCGCAACGGCCUCAUCGAUCCUCAAGUCCUUCUUCAAGGUUUGCGAGACCCGCAGAAGCGCUCUCUUGUCGAGAAUGAGGCCGUUGUUGUUAGGGCUAUGAACAUUCUCCUCGGUGCAUACCCUGGCCGGGACGCGGGUGUUGUCACACUGGGGAAAAGCAACAACAACCGAUUCUACUGGAUUGAUAGACGCCAGCAGCAAGAGGAUCUUACGACCGGUCUGGUGUGUCUUCGAGGUUACUAUGCCAGUGUGCGACUUGGCGGUGGUCGUAUGCUUGUCAAUUUGAGCGUCAAUCAUAGUGCUUUCUACAAGCCCGGCCCCAUGGAGCAUUUCAUUGCGGCCUUCGCGAAGUACUAUGGUCAGAAUGCAGAGCUCUUAACCCGGUUUGUGAAGAUGCUCCAAGUCGAGGUCACUCAUCUGCAGGAUUCGAAGACGAAGGGAGCACCUCGCCGACGCAAGACUAUCUGGGGUGUUGCGGAGCCCGGUGACGGCGCCCAGGACCCCCAUCCACCUCGGAUCUCGAGGCUUGGGUCGUCUCCCGAGAAUGUAAGCUUCUGGCAUAAGGACAAGAAUCGGUACAUGACCGUCAAGGAAUACUUCAAAAUGGAAUACAACAUGGACAUCACACUGCAUAUGCCUGUGAUGAACGUCGGCAACAAGCAGAAGCCCGUUUACCUUCCAGUUGAAGUUCUCGUGAUCCCUCCUGGCCGCGUUUUCCGAGGCGAACUGAACACUAUCCAACGCCAGAACAUCAUCAAAUUCAGCUGUCGGAGACCUCCUCAAAACUAUGACUCAAUCACGGACCACGGGCUAGAUAUCACGGGAAUCAAGGGCAACCAUACCAAGGAAUUCGGGUUUUCGGUGUCACAAGAGAUGAUCACUGUGCCCGCUCGAACUUUGAACGCGCCCAGACUCAGGUAUGGAGGUGGCGUUGAGGAGCCCACAUUUGGUGCUUGGAACUUGAUCAGAAAGAAAUUUACUCGCCCUGUCUCUGUCAAACGCUGGGUCCCAAUCGUCAUUCAGGAAGGCGGUGCCCAAAUCGAGGGAGAUCUGAACGCAUUUGAGUCGUUGCAAAAUAAUAUGAAUAAGCUCGGCAUGGACAUGAGGGGCAUGAGGACCCCCAUUCACUACAUCCCACUCAACUCGAAUGACCAACAGAAGAAACGCCUUGAACAGAUUCGUAAAAUGUUCGAGGUGAUGAAAGGGUUCCAGCCAGCUGUUGAGCUCGUGGUGAUUUGUAUUCCUUCGGGCGUUGAGAGGCUCUUUGACCACAUCAAAUGGCUCGGUGAGACACAGUUUGGAAUUCCUACUCACUGCUGUAUGAGCAGCAAGUUCUUCAAGCGGGGCAACAACGACCAGUACUUUGCCAACAAUGCCAUGAAAAUCAAUCUUCGCCUGGGAGGUGUCAAUCAGGUCCUGGACACACCCUCUCCAUUGAUCGCCUCCGGCAAGACCAUGGUUGUUGGCCUCGAUGUCACUCACCCGUCCGCCACUGACCCUGAGAGUUUCCCUAGCAUUGCUUCAAUUGUUGCAAGCGUGGAUUCGACGAUGGGGCAGUGGCCUGGUCAGGUUAAAAUUCAGGAUCCUCGCGUGGAGGAAGUUCAAUACCUGAAGUCGAUGUUGACGGGACGUCUUCGCCGCUGGAAGCAGAGCAACAAGGGUGCUCUUCCUCAAAACAUUCUUGUCUACCGAGAUGGUGUGAGUGAAGGACAGUACGACAUGGUCGUGACAACCGAGCUUCAACAGAUCAAGGCAGCCACUCAAUCUCUUUACGCCGCGAAUGCUCAACCCAAUAUCAGUAUCAUCGUUGGGGGCAAACGACACAACACUCGCUUCUUCCCUACCAAUCAGAAGGAUCAGGACAGAACUUGGAACCCCCAGCCUGGUAUGGUUGUUGAUCGCGCGGUCACUCGCCCUAUUUACUGGGAAUUCUUCCUCCAGGCUCAGUGUCCACUUCAAGGCUCCGCUCGCUCCGCUCGAUAUGUGGUUGUGCACGACGAGAUCUUCAGCAACCCUAAAGUGAAGCCGCAACUCGGAAUGAGCCCUGCGGACGCUAUUCAGGAACUGACUCAUAGCAUUUGCUACAUGAUGGGCCGUUGCACACGUUCUAUCAGUUACAGCACGCCUGCUUUCCUGUCUGACCGAUUUGCCGAUCGCGCUCGUAAGUACGUCCGUGCUUACUAUUAUGACCAGUUGAUCAACCACAACAACUCUCGUCCUCCCGCGCCCGGAGACAAUGUCACAGUGCUCCAUCCGGCGGUUGCAGAGCAGAUGGUUUACAUUUGA